GCAACAGUGCCAUUAGCAAGCACCAGUUUCAGCAAGACAUCAGCACGGUCGAACGAGCACAUCGUUGGUCCAUUGGCGGCGCAGGUUGUUCGACAUCGAAAAAUGACACGUUCGAGUGCGAAGUACCAAGGCUCCUUGUUGCGGUGGUUUUUACGCGCGCAUGAAGGGCCGCGGAUGCGGGAGAAUAAAGAGUGAGACAAUGCCGCCGUCGUCGCAUACGAACUGGACGAAACCGUUGCUGAAGGGCGGCCAAAUGAUGCAGAUGCAGGUAAAACGAGUUACUGGAAACGGACAGAAUCAAAAUUCGAACGGGAACAGCAACGAUAGCAAUGGCAUCCCGCACGAUCGGAGAAUCAAGGUGGUCCUGGUGGGCGACGGUGCUGUCGGAAAAACUAGCUUAGUCGUCUCCUACUCGACGAAUGGAUUUCCUGGCGAAUACGUACCCACCGCUUUUGAUAAUUACAAAGUUGUGGUUAAUGUUGAUGGACAACCUGUAAAUGUUCAACUUUGUGACACUGCCGGACAAGAUGACUUUGAUCCUUUGAGAUCACUCUGCUAUCCAGAAACAGAUGUAUUUUUAGUAUGCUUUAGUGUUGUAUGUCCAUCUUCCUACCAUAGUGUCGCAUCAUGGUGGAUCAACGAAGUUCGAAAAUACUGCCCAAAUGCUCCAAUAAUUUUAGUAGGAACAAAAAGUGACCUAAGAUCGGAUGUUCGUCUGAUGCUACAAUUAGCAAGAUAUGGUCAAGCACCAAUCACAACAGCUCAAGGUCAUCAGUUAGCUCAAAGAUUAGGUGCAGUAAGUUAUGUGGAAACAUCUGCGUUAACUCACCAUGACUUAAAGGAGGCUUUUGAUCAAGCGAUCGUUAGUGCUCUCAAUGCAAGACGCGGAGGUAUCGGCUUAAUAUGCAGACGCCGAAAACCUCCAUCGUUAUGGCGUAGAUGGUUAUGUUGUUUAGAAAGACCACAGUCAAACGAUGCGUAGAUUUUAUUCUUAAGACUCUCUAGAAUGACUCUGUGAUCAUAAGCAUAAGCUGCCUUGCUGUAGGAACUAUCAUGCAUGGAUUUAAUGGUAUUGUUACAAACUUCUUACAGUUUGUAAUUUGACUGUUAAGACCAUAAGUGAUUGUGCUGGAAUAAUUCCUCAAGCCCGUUGCGGCAUAAUUUAUUAUAAUAUUAAUUCUAUUUUUGUUGCUAGAAUAUAAUUGGCAGCUCGCUGGUUGUGAUUUUAUAUCUGUAAUUCUUGGACAUUAUUUUAAUUACUUAUAAGAUUCGUUGCACUCAAACUGUUAUGAUCAUUGAAUUGUUUAUAUCGUAUCACAUAAGAUAAAAAUUGAAGAUUAGCAUUACUCUCAUUUUAUUUAUAAUUAUUUGAAAGACUUUUAAUAUAAUGUUAUUACGAAAGAACUGUCAUUUUCAUUAUAUUGAAGUAACUUUAAAGCAUCACAAAAAAGAAAUCAAAAAAUAUUAUAUUUAAAACUUAAAUAUUAUUAGACAAAUAUCAGUCUAUGCAUAAAAAAUCACAUUUUUUAGUACACACUAUAUACAUCAAUUAUUCAUAAUGAAAAUUUUUUGCAUGAAUCAUAUUUAUAUUGAAUCAUAUAUAAGAGUCAACCAUGAUGAUCAUUAUUGGUUAGAAUGUCAUAAAAAACAUACUAUUAAUGAUAUUCGAAGUUAUUAUUUUCAAUAAUAACGAUGUGAAAACCUUAGGAAUUGCUGUAAUUCUGGAAAUUACAAUUUUGCUAAGACAUAUAGUAAAUUCAGCAAACAGACUAAACCAAAAGUGUGAUCGAUAUAUUUUGUAUCCAGUUCAACUAUAGCAUGUGUUAUUCGUGUUAUAGGCAAUGUAUGUUAAUAUUUAGUAGACAGGUAUUGAUAACAGAAAAUCCUAUAAAAUAAAUUAUAGUAUUACGAAUUUUUACACGAUAUAGUUACGCUUGUGUUAAAUCCUCAUAGAUAGAGGAAAAGGUAGACAAAUAUUUGGCCAAUUCUUGUAAGAGUGCCUCAAAAUACCUUACUUGCACAUAGGAAUUAAUGUUUCACACAAUUUUAUAAACUUUUUUUACAUAAAUUUUAAUCCGAUUUAAGUAAGACUAAAAACCAUUUCUUAUUUGUUUUAUAAAUAUUCGUCACAUGCAUGCAACAUUAGGCUCACAUUCUGUCUGUGAUUAUACAUAAAAAAAAAUCUGCAGACCUAUAUCUACGUAAUAUGUACAAAAUAUUGGUCAUAUUUGCAAUAUAGCUGGGAGACUAUGUAAUAAUAGCUUUUAAAUGAUAUUGAUCAUAUACUGUAUGAAGACUUUAACAGAAUGCUUUAAGAAGUCUUGUUUGUCUACUGAAGUUAUCAUCAGUAUUUCUAUAAUACUCGAUGAACUUAAUAAUUAUGCAAUAAAUCAACUGAUUUAGUA